ACCUUGAUCGGUCGAACACCGCGGGACUAGUUACGAACGCACAAUGCUGGAGAGACACGAUUCACGACAUCGCGAAUCGAUUUAACGUUCUUGUUUCGUGUUUCAGACGGCGUUCUAGCCGAAAUCACGAUGACGAUGGACGUGAGCAAGUCGGAGCCGAGUAAAAAUGGCGCGACGCAGCACGAGUGCGCUGGAUGCGGGAAAGCGAUCACGGAAAGGUAUCUCCUCAAGGCCAUGGAUCUAUUCUGGCACGAGGACUGUCUGAAGUGCGGAUGCUGCGACUGUAGGUUAGGAGAGGUUGGUUCUAGUCUGUUCACCAGGGCCAAUCUUAUCCUCUGCAAGAGGGAUUACCUCAGGCUGUUCGGCAAUCCGGGGCACUGCGCGGCAUGCAACAAACAGAUACCACCGUUCGAGAUGGUUAUGAAGGCCAGAUCGAACGUCUAUCAUUUGGACUGUUUCGCCUGUCAACAAUGUACACAUCGGUUUUGCGUGGGCGAUCGGUUCUAUCUGUGCGAGAACAAAAUCCUGUGCGAGUUCGACUACGAGGAGAGGCUCGCGUUCGCCAAUAUGUCAGUACAAACACCGGCCACACUGGCGUACAUCAAAAGGCAACUGCCCCCAGCGCCGACGCCGCCUGGCCAGAACAUGCAUCCGGGUCACAAUCCACUGCAACCUCAUCAGGGACUUGGCCAGUCGGUGGGUCAACAUAAUCACGUGUCGAACGGACAGAUGUCGGGGAGCACGCCGAUGGUGAACGGGACAGCCAUAGGCGUCGGUGGACCUAGAGCACCGGGUGACAUGAACAACAACGGGCUAUCGGGGCCAGCCCUCGGACCGGUGAAGCCACCGCCGAUGUCUAUGCAAGCUCCGACCAGCUGAAACGAGGUGUCACCCCCCCUGAAGAAGCUCAGAUGUCUCAGCGGUUAUUGAGGCUAUUGACGCUGACCGACGAGACGAACGGGAGACACGGAGAGAACGGAGAGAUAUACGGACAGAGAGAUUAAAACGUCGUGACGAAAGUGAACGCGAGGAACCAGAGUGAUAGACAGACAGACAGACAGACA